UCGCGUACAUUCGACCUUCUCCCCAACCACCGCUCACAAAUCAUCCAACCAACAAUGGCCGCCGCCCUCAAGAACCUCCGCACCGCGCUCCCCGCCCUCCGACGAUCCGUCGCCCCCGCCCCCGCCUUCGCUGCCCGAGCCUUCUCCGUUUCUGCGGCCAGGUCUGCCGGCCACGGCCCUCCCCAAUUGCUCGGUCCUGGUGCCAAGGCUGGUGAAGUCCCCUCCGACGAGAACCAGUCCACCGGUCUUGAGCGAUUCGAGCUCCUCGGUAAGCUCGAGGGUGUUGAUGUUUUCGACAUGAACCCCCUCGAGGUUACCAGGCUCGGUACUACUGAGGACCCCAUCCCUAUCUACUCUCUCUUCCCUGUCCGUCAAGUCGGCUGCACUGGUUACCCCGUCGACUCCCACGACACCAUCUGGAUCAACGUCACCCACGAGAAGAAGCACGGUAAAUGCCCCGAGUGUGGUUCCGGUAUGUUUGCGAGCGGCGUACUGGGUCAAGAUGCUGACAGGUCAACAGUCUACACUCUCAACUACCAAGGUUCCGAGGCCAACCUCAACCCCGGUCACCACCACUAAACGAGUCCUCUUGCUCUAGUUACGUAGUGUAGGAUGUACGGAUAUUCUCGGCUAUUAGCACGUCAGGC